AUGGUGAAAAUUUUCCAUGCUCAUCGCAUCGCUCGAGCUAGAUGCCUACUUAUGAACGUGCAGCGUAGGCAUCCGAUAAGGUCAGGCAGGUCGUUGGUGGUCAUGACGCAGCAGCAGGUAGCUAUUCACAGGUCGCGGUUUGUGCGCUACACACCGGGGAACAUCACGGCGCUGGCGUUCUCGCACAGGUCGACUGAGAAACUCACUCCGAGCGACUUGCGGCUAGCGGUGGGCAGGGCCGACGGCAGCAUCGAAGUGUGGAACCCCCGCGACAACUGGUUCCAGGAGAUGGUGGUGCAGGGUGGCCGGGAACGGACGAUCGAGGGCCUGUGCUGGAGUAACACGCCCGGCGGACCGUUGCGACUUUUCAGUAUCGGAGGAUCGACGAUAGUGACGGAGUGGGAUUUGGCGAGCGGGCUGCCGCUGCGGAACUACGACUGCAAUGCAGGCGUAAUCUGGUCUCUGUGUGUCAACAGCUCAAACACGAAGCUGGCGGUGGGGUGCGACAACGGGACGGUGGUGCUGAUCGACAUUUCCGGCGGCCGCGGCGUGAUGGAGCAUGACUCGAUUCUGACACGGCAGGACGCGCGAGUGCUUGCACUCACGUGGGUAGGCGAUGAUGCAGUAGUAGGAGGCUGCUCUGAUGGUCGUAUCCGGAUUUGGUGCGUGAAAGAAGACGACCAGAACCGGGGCCGUCUUUUGCACACGAUGAAGGUCGACAAAUCAAAGAAGGAAUCAACACUGGUGUGGUCUCUGCAAUACUUACCGCGUACAAACCAAAUUGUAUCCGGAGACUCCACCGGCGCUGUUAAGUUCUGGGACUUUCAUUAUGCGACAUUAAUGCAAACUUUCAAGGUGCACCAGGCAGACGUGCUGUGUCUCGCAACCGAUAUCACAAACACAAAGGUUUUCAGUGCUGGUGUGGACCGCAAAAUCUACCAGUUUCUUCACAGCGGCACCGGAUCUGGAUCUAAAUGGACGCCCAGCGCCAACCGGCUAUUCCACGCCAAUGACGUUAGGUGCAUGGCCUCUUACCAAUCGAAAGGCUGUGAUUUUCUAAUAUCUGGUGGUGUUGAGAAGGCCCUUGUGAUCAGCUCCCUGAGCUCCUUCUCCGACGGGUCAUACAGGAAGAUGCCGGUUAUUGCACCCUUCCACAAGAACGUGAUUGUAAACCAAGCACAGCGGCUGGUUGUUGCAUGGCAAGAUUCGACGAUUAGGAUAUGGAAAAUAGGCGAGGAUCUGAACACCGAGAAAAACUACCAAUUAAUGGCGAAGCUAGUAUUAAAGGAGGAGCAAAAUAUCUCCGCAUGCGCCAUGUCGCCCAAUGGCGAGGUGCUUGCUGUGGGCUGGCCCUCUACUACGAAAGUUUUCCAUAUUCGGCCUACUGACACCAAGUAUCAGAUCACUAAGCUCGACAAUGAUUUCCUAUUGAAAACUGGUUGCAGACUCGUGCAAUUUGUUGACGAUUCAAACCUCAUCAUGUGUUCAAAUGAGGACAAUCUCUUCUACCUCGAUCUGGAGGCGGAAGACGAUGAAAAUGCUGAGUUACUUGAAUUACCAGACAUUCAGCAAACGAAGUCCAGCCUCAAACUUCCUUACAUCAACACCGUUAACCACAUAUUUACAAAUAAUGAUAACCAGCUUGUCGUUUCCAGAGUAUGUGGUGCAGUUGAUAUUAUUGACCUCGCAACAAAAACGGCUAGGCCAUUGGUACGCUUGAUGAACUUUGUUACUGCCAUCAAUUUCACGGGUAGAAACACAAUUAUGCUGGUCACAUCCGAGAAUAAUAUAUAUGAGUUUAACCUAGCAUCAGAUGAAGGAGUCCUUACAGCAUGGUGCAAGAGUAAUGCAGAGAACUUACCGCUGCAAUUCACAAACCAAAAGGAUAAAUGUCUCGGAAUAUUCUCAGAUCUGGAGAACACAAAAAAGGUGUGGCUAUGGGGGUUGUCAUGGCUUGCAAGCUUAAAUCUGGCUGUCGAUCUUCCUGUGAAUAAGAGGAGGAAACUUAAGAAGCGUUCCCGUGACGGCCUAACGAUCGAAGAUGAGAGCAGCUUUAUUAACGGCAAUUCUGGAGAUGAGGAUGAGGAAGAUGAGAUAGAUAUAGCGGACGACUUUUUUGUCAAGAACCAGGUGAACAAAUCUGCCUCAAACGCAAGCAUGAACUCCAAGGAUAAGUCUGCAUUUUUUAUUACGGACAAAUACCGUCCGAUAUUUUAUGCUGAAAAGCUCUCCAAGACAGAGCUGGUAAUUAUAGAAAGACCCGCAUUUACGGUACCUCAACCACCUGCAUUUGAACAGCCUAGAUUGAGGUUUUGA